AUGCAGCACGGGAGUUGGAACCAGCCACUCCCCAUAUCUCUGCUGCUCAAGGGCCCGGCAGGAGACCAGGCUGCUGGCGUUGAGGAGGACCAUGACGUGGUCUUGGCUGAUAAUGAUCUCUCCGAGGACCCCCGGCUGGAGGUGCAGGCCGGCAGAGGUGACUUUGUGGAUCUCACUGAAUUUCUGAACGCCGAAGAGAUCAACCGCAGUCUGGACUUGGCCUGGGAGGCCUUUGGUGACGCCGAAGAUCAGCAUCCUAAGUGCCAGGCGCAGGAUCUUAAAGAGGAGCCUGCAGAUGUUCGUCAGUCUUCGCCCUCACCUGAGAAGCUCACCUGUCACAAGCCUGCUCAGCCUCUUUACAAACAGGACAAACCUCGGCUUCUUCACGGAGACUUGGAGCUGAACGAGCGCACGUCUUCUGUCACGGAGUUCUGCAGUCGGGCCGCCACCUUCAUCGAGGAGCUCUCGUCCAUCUUCAAAGGGUCAGCACAUGUGGAGCAGCAAAUGGACGACCGCUUGUCCUCUCCGCAAGGUGGACAUCUGUCUCCUGGGAGCCAGCAAGCAGACCCUGCUGCCUCCUCCUCACCCUGCCAGUCAUCACCAAGUCAACCAUCACCAAGUCAACCAUCACCCUGCCAGCCAUCACCAUGUCAACCAUCACCAAGUCAACCAUCACCCUGCCAGCCAUCACCAACCAUCACCCUGCCAAUCAUCACCAAGUCAACCAUCACCCUGCCAACCAUCACCAAGUCAACCAUCACCCUGCCAACCAUCACCAAGUCAACCAUUCCCCUGCCAGCCAUCCCCAUGUCAACCAUCACCAUGUCAACCAUCACCAAGUCAACCAUCACCAUGCCAGCCAGAGCAGAUUACGUACCAGCAAGCAACGACAGGUCCUCCAAUGGCAGGUCCACAGGAGGUGGUUCCUGCUGCUCAGGAGCAUCAUCACUGUGA